ACGCUGUAAUGCACAAUGACAAACCGAAACUGCGCCACUUUGAUACAAAAUCUAAGUCCUGCACGUGAUCACUCUUGCGUAACGCCUCCUGGUACGGUAUCGGAAGUCGGGAAUUGUCGGGAAGAAUUAGAGUUUCAGCUGCCGGCAGUGAUGGACUGCGGUCUGUCUUGUCCGGCAGUGGUUGCCUUUUUAGCCAUUAUCAUUUUGAGCUGGCCACUUUUGAACAUUCGUGCAGAGGUUGAUGAAGGCAAUUCAAGUUUGAAACAAGCAAAUACAAGCGCUACUCUUUCAUCUAAAUCUUGUUUAGCACAGUGCGCGGGCGUCGACGCUAUGCAGGCUACCGUAUGUGAGACCGACCUUUGCACAGAAGACACCUCUAUUCCACUAGUUUACCCCGACGGCAUGUUCUGUGUUCAAGGCGGAUAUACAGUGAGCCGUUCAGACGUCACGACCAUGUACUGCAACGUUAUUCCUUAUAAAACGCCACAUGGAUUGAUGUGGAAUAUCACAGUGAGCAAUGGAUGUCUCUGUAAGGCUACAUGUUACAAUACAAAAGCCUUACUAUACAAGCCUGCCGAAUUUACCGUUUGGAGACAUAUCUUUCGGAGCACCGAUCCUGUUCGUGUUCUGCAUCUUCAAGACAAUGCAACCUAUUGUGCUUUGAUAACAAGCGAAUUAGACGUACACAAAGAUGACACUAAUAGCUCAGUAAAACGAUCUGGGGAAUGCAGUAUGGGAUACGCUGUAUCAAACACGGCUUCUAGAAUGAUAUCAGUAUCGGCUACAGCUAAUCCACCGGAUGAAGCAGUUGCCUCCUGUGGAGUAGCAUGUAUAGAAACGUCAUCUUCUAUGAGAUUCAACGAUGUACAAAAGUUUUCCAAACAUGGCCAAAUUGUAACAACUGAAGACUGUCUGUAUUGUUACCUGAAUGAUUGGAAAGGAACACUACCUAGCAGCAAUGUUCCUGCAGGAUGUAUAUUGACUAGGGACAUGAACAAUUACUGGAAUUUGACAGUAGAUGGUGGGUCAGAUGUUAGCUGUUCUGUUGAAUGUUUUUGCUACAAACCACCCAAUACCGACAACAUCCAUUCUGGUGUCUCCACAAUGAGUGGACUAACAGGGUAUCUACUAGGUUGCAUAUGGAUUGUUUUCUCGUUUUAAACUAAAUUAUGAUUUCUAAGGAUUGCUGUAACUAUGAAAACUGUCUUUGUGGUACAAGUAUGCAAGGACUAUUGCUAGAUAUUUGUGGCUAGAAUAUAAUUGACAAUUUCUGCUGUUGAA